UUUUUUUUUUUAAUGCCUCAAUGCACCCAGGCUAUCGCGAACAGGAAGGGACUUGCAACAUGCUUGCAAGUGCCAGGAGAAACGGGAAUGGGUUGCUCAUCACUGUCCAUGCAGUGCUGUAUCCCAGCAUCUACUUGUUAGGAACAACUCGCAAAACAAAGCAGUGCGGUUUGGAAUUAUCUCUCGAGUUGUUUGUUUGUUUGUGACACUUAAAUUACCAAGUGCGGUGAAACUCAGAGCCUUUCUUGGAGGGAGCAGCAGCUCAGUGCCAGACGGGGAGCACGCACUGAGACUGUUGCACAGUCUGUGAGCUGCUCCACGUGAGCGGUUGGAAUUGAUGCAGUUUUAACGCUUCAAACUUUAAAUACCAGGCCUGUGUUAAUAGCAGACUGAGCAGCUUUCUCUCUCUCUUCAGAAGCUUUAUCACCGUGCCAUAACACGGUCCUUGUGGAAGGCAAAGACCUGCACGCCUGCCGUGUGUGCAGUUUAUGAUCGGUUGAUUGAAAGGUCGAGUGCAGUUUGAGUGAUAACACAGAUUAAAAAUAAAUGCUGGUUUAUAAGGGCACUUCCUCGGGCACGGUGGCACAAACUUCCAGCGGGGUGGAGUGUCAGCUGCCCCGGCGAUGUCGCUCCCCAGCGCCGAGCCCUGCUCCCCGGAGGAGCCCCCGGCGGAGGAGGACGCGGCGCUGCCGCCCCCCGGCUCCGAUCCCGGCUCCGAUCCCGCCGCUGCUCCCGCUCCUCCUCCCGCUCCUCCCGGCGCCGUGCGCGGGGCGGAGCCACCGGGGCCGCUCUCCUCGGGCCCGGAGCGGCCCUCGGAGCCGGCGGCCGGAGCCAUGGCCGAGGCCGACCGGGAGCUGCGCGUCCCCUUCAUCGAGGCGGAGGAGACCGAGAAUGAGCCGGAGGCGGCGGCGGCGAGGGCGGCCGGGGGCGGAUGGCGCUGCGGGCGCUGCGCGGACGGGGCCGCGCUGCGCUGGUGCAUCUCCGGGACGCUCUGCGCCUCCUUCCUGGGGCUGGGGAUGAGCAUCGCCGUGCUGGGUCCCACCUUCCCCACCCUGGCCGCCAAUGUCGGCAAGAACGUCAGCGACAUCUACUACAUCUUCGUGGGCCGGUCCUUGGGCUCCCUGGGCGGGUCGGUGCUCGGCGGGGUGCUCCUCGACUGCAUGAACGCCACUCUGCUGCUCGCCUUCUCCAUGCUUGGAACAGCAGCUGGUCUUUAUGUGAUACCCUGGUGUAACCAAUCCCUGCUAUUGACCAUCUUGAUGUCAGUUAUUGGAGGUUCCAUGGGAAUUCUGGACACAGGUGGCAAUGUACUGGCACUGUACACCUGGGGAUCAGAGGCUGGGCCACACUUGCAGGCUUUGCACUUUAGUUUUGCUGCUGGUGCAUUUCUGGCUCCUAUGGUGGCUCAGAUGGACUUGGGGAGUUCUAAAUCUGAGGAACUUGCAGGGGCUGAGAAGACAAACCAGUCUGUCCUCAAGUCUGUGCCGACAGCAUCGGCUGCAUCAACUACACCAGCACCGAAUGACCAUCGCAGUGAGAGCUUUUUGUGGUCCUAUAUUUUCAUAGGGACCUAUAUUCUCUUAGUUUCCAUCUUCUUUUUUGUUUUGUUUUCAAAGAGCAGCUCAGCUAAAGACAAAUCAAAGGCUUCUGCGCAGAAGGACAGGCUUGCCAAAUACCACUGGCCUCUCGUUGGUCUCCUGUUCGUGUUCUUCUUGUUCUACGUGGGAGCUGAGGUCACUUAUGGCUCCUACGUAUACACUCAUGCAAUGGUCUUUGCUGAGAUGAAGGAAAGCGAAGCAGCCGCCCUGAAUUCCGUCUUCUGGGGCGCGUUUGCCGCGUGCAGAGGCGCGGCGAUAUUCGGCGCCGCUUUCCUGUCCCCUGCCACCAUGAUCGUCAUGAGCCUCCUGUGCUCUGCUGCCUCCUCCGUCGCCCUGGCCUUCUUCUCCCACUUCCGGGCCGCGCUGUGGGUGGGCAGCGCCGUGUACGGGGCGUCCAUGGCCACCAUCUUCCCCAGCGGCAUCGCCUGGAUCGAGCAGUACACCGUGGUGGAAGGGAAAACGGCUUCUCUGUUCGUGGUGGGCGCGGCGCUGGGCGAGAUGUGCAUCCCCGUGGCGGUGGGCUACCUCCAGGGCAGGUACCACCAUGUUCCUGUGGUCAUGUACACCGCCUUUGUCACCUCCGUGGUGACAGCGCUGCUCUUCCCCGCCAUGUACAAACUGGCCAACUGGCCCCAGCAGCGUGACUCGCAAGAAGUGAGGGACAGGGAGACCCGGAAAACUCUGCUCUCGAACUCCAGGCUGACUGAGGAUGAGGAGGAGGAGGAGCACGUGAGAGAGUGGAAUGAUGCAGACUUUGAGGUCGUAGAAAUGAACGAUGAGCUCAAAAACUCUCUGAUGGACACCUCCCACAGGAUACCAGGGGACUCUCCAGCUGUCCAGCCCCAUCUGGACAAUGCAUUGGGUGAUCCUCCAGUGGUUGCUGAUGGUUUCCCUGGGAGACAAAAUGGGAGUAUUGACUGGGAGAAGAGUGAAUAGAGUCAAAACUGACUUUUUUUUUUUAAAUGGAAAUGCAAUUGAAUUGUAGCUGUUGUCAAGUGGUUCGGGAAUCCUUUCAUAGUGGUGCAGAGCUCAGCAUGUUCAUUUUCCCAGUCCUUUCUCCUCUUUCAUUUUCAGCCUGUGGGGAUAUGUCUUGGAGUGGGAAAGUCCUCAGUGAUGUGAAAGGGGCAACAUGAUAAAUGUUUGGCUAUGCCAAAACUGUUAAAAUGUAAAAGAUGCUUUCUAAAUAUGAGGCAUGCAUCCAAGGAAGAGAUGCUGUAAUAACUGGGAAAGAAGGGGACUGCUCAGACUACUCAGUUUUUUGAGGUGAGUGAAGGGUGCAGGUCUGAGAUGCUCUGUCACAAAAUGGUUUCGUGACAGAGGAAGGACAUCUGUUACCAGUAAUGCUGAACUUUCUUACCUUGUGAAGGAGGAAUGCUCCUACUGUGUCUGAAGGUUGUAUGUGAUCAAAUCAGUUAAAAUUUCUGGUGGUGCCCAGGAGCUGUAAAUUGAAUAACCUGUGGCAAACUACAGGAAUUUUUGGUGCUGAGACAAAGACAAAAAACCCCUGGGAAAUGCUGGCAUAUUUCCAUGUGGAGAUUAGGAAAUGCCCAAAAGUACAUUUCUUAGGAGUGAAAUCAUGCCUUUGGGUCACUAAAAAGCAGUUUAUGAGAAAGGGCACAAAAUGGGCCAGUGUUUAUCUGCUCAAAUGCAUAACUCCAACCUACUAAACUGUGGCAACAAAUCUAAAUAAUUGAAAGUAUUUCUGAUUUUAAUUAUGGCACUACUGCUGAAAUAAAAAAUUGUACACAGAAGAUGAUAAAAUUAUCAUGUAAUCUUUGAAUGGUUUGAGUUGGAAGGGACCUUUAAAGAUCAUCCAGUUCCAACCUGCUGCCAUGGCAGGGACACCUUCCACUGGAACAGGUUGCUCAGAACUCUAUAUCCAGACUGGCCUUGAAAACUUCCAGGGCUGGAGCAUCCACAAUUUCUCAGGGCAACCUGUUUCAGUGCCUCACCACUCUCACAGGAAAGAUUUUUUUCCCUGAUAUCUAAUCUAAACCUACUUUCAGUUUGAAGCCAUUCCCCCUUGUUCUAUCCUACAGUAUGCUCUUGUAAAAAGUCCCCACUCCACCUUUCUUGCUGGCUCCCUUCAGGUAAAAGAGAUUGCUUAAUAGAUGGUAUUUUAAAGCCAGUUGUUAAAGGUUAUCACAACUUCUCUGGUUUCCUGUCCCAAGACUUACCAGGGGAAUGUGUUACAAUGGAGAUUUGAGGAGAGGGAAUUAUCAGUGAGACAAUCCUUUCCAGAAUGACUACUUGCCCCUGGCCAGCUGGCUUGGUGACAUUUGGGUUUUUUCUUUGGGGGAUGACGUGGAGAUGGACUUUCCCUAGCGGAGAAGCAGUGGUUUGGAUGUGAAGAUUCAUUGCUGCUAAGCAGGAAACCCUGGGCAGGUGCAGCCAUGCCAGGGAGCCCUCCCAGUGAAAGGAAAAAAGUAGCAGUAAAUGCAAAAUCUGUCUCUGAACAGUAAUCUUGCCAUUUGUCAGCUUGGAGCUCCAAAUCAGUUAAGUAUUUUUUUAAGUCUGUGUGAUAAGAAUGUUCUUUGUUUGGGGUUUUUAACUUCGCACUUUUGUUAGUGUUUCUUGCUAAGAGGUUUCAUUUAGUAACAAAAGGGCUCUAGGUGUAACAGCACAGAAUGUUAGAUGUUCCUGGAUUUCCAGGUCUGUUUUUGUUCCCUCUCUUUUCCUUCAGCUAUGCAACCUAGGCUUGAAUGGCUUUUUCUUUUCUUCUGAGAAGUUAAUAAGAAGCCAGAAUCAACUUGUAGUGAAAGUUUUUUUGUUAAUAGCUUGGCAUGUUGCAGAGCCUCCCUCUCUUUCUGCUGCUGGCACUUAAAUGCCGCUGUGUUUUUGAUGGAUUCCUUCUGUGGCAUUUUUUCCAGUGCAAUGCAUGAACCUGCACUUUAGAAUGCAGCCUUGUUUCACUUGUGGCACGAGGGUUCUGUUUGCUUCCAGGGAUGUUCAAUGCCAGCCCCAGCCCUGGCCUGGGCACAGGACUGAGUCUGUGUGGCCCUGUGUGCUUUGCUGGUGUGAAGUGAAGCAAACAGUGUGGUAAGCAGAGAGGGGAUGGAAUGAGGGCACCUGGAGCCUGCAUUUCAUUGUGUUUCCUUUUCCCAUUUUCCCUCCUGCAUGCUGUUCUAGUAGGGAAGUAGGGGGUGUCAGCUGAUGGUGAGGAGAAAUCUCCCUGGUGGAGGGGCAGGGAGAAGGUGCAGGACACCUGCACACAAUGAAAGAUACAGAAACUGUUCUAUGGCAGCCAUCCCCCAGAUUCAGCUGUAUUGAUGUUGCUAUAAAAAAGUUUCCCUAUACCCAAGAUCAUGGUGCCAGAAGAAAAUUAUUUAAAGAAAGAUACUGGGAAACCAGGAAGAUUCCAAACUCCCCCAGUUGAAAUGCUGUUUUGAUGAAAUUCCAGACUGGAAUGUCCUACACGUAGGACUGUUCUCAGGGAUAGUUUACAUGGAUAGUUUAUAUUGUUUGCAUAAUCAAGUACUAAAAAACCCCAGAAAAUGAAAUCAAAGCUGCAUUGGGAAAUAUGCUGUAAUCUCUUAGAAGCUUAUCCUGCUGCAUCUAUACAGACACUUAUUUGUGUUUCUGACCAGCGUUGUCCCAGCAAAUGUAAAAAUAUUGCACAAAACAAAGAUUUCUUUUUCCUGCCUGUAUUAAUUCCUGUGAGAGUAACUUCAAUUCAUCCCCAUUUCCUCCUUAAAAAGCAGGAGGCCUGUGUAGUAGGAAUGGAGCAACAGGCAGGAAUGCCAAGGUAAGAGCAGCCUUUUCCCACAAGUAAAGGAUCCAAAAAGCAGUGGCUGUAAGACAAUGGAAGCUGAAGAAUUAUCUACAUAGAAUCACUUUCCACUGAAAUUUAGAGUCAUCUUAAUGAGGACUUGGAGCCUUCAGUGUCUUAGUUCUGGUCUUAAACUUGAACUGGGAUAGACAGACAGAAAGUGUUCUCUUAUCCCCUAACCAGCCUGCUUUUAACAGCAGGGGCUGCCCUUGACUGAAAAUGAAAUGCUUGAAGCAAUUCAAGUUUAAAACAAGAUCUAGGAUAUUUCCAAUCUACAGCUGAAGUAAGGAUCUAUUUGCAAUGCAGAUCUAUUUUAAGUUACAGGUCCUCCAGAAAGCUCAAGUACUUACAUGUUGGGGGUUGAAAUUACUUGGAGUUACUAUAUUACAUUACUAUUGCCCUCCUUAUGCUAGAAAAGCCAUCCCUCUGUUGAGGCCAAGAGCUUUAAUCCAUGAAUUAGAUACCUGAAUUUGAUAAGAAUCAUAUUUUUGUCCACAAACCCAGUAAUAGUUUGAAGAUGAGUGCUCUGCUCCAGUGUGAAAGGUAACCUCUUGCAGCUAAGUGUCAUUUAAUACUUUAUUUAUCCUGAGGCACUGCCAAGUGCUGGACUGUACUACAAGCACUCACUCCUGGCAUUUGCACUUUUAUUCUGUACUUGACCAAUGCUUGAAUGCAAGAGCAGGCAAAGUUUUCUGCCUUGAUGUUUUGUUUUUUUAGAGUUACUUUGCAUACAAGUGCAUUGCAAUCUGUGGAUUUUCUAUUACAUGUAAUAGUUUUUAUUCUGCUUGGUGUGGGUUUUACUGUGUAAUGUGACAUUUAAUAGACUGGUGUCUUGACUGUAAUAAAUUCUUAUCUGGAGAAGGCACUCAGGUUCCUUGAUGUAAAUAAAGUUUUCUUCUAUUUUUCAAA